AUGAGGAGCCCUGCGAUUCUUAGAAGCUUGAAGAACAAGAUUCUUGCCAAGUUGAACAGAAAAAAGAAAAGUAUAUGCAACAGAAGCACCUCGGAAUCGAAUUCUCUUGGCGACGAAGUUUUGGCCAAUAAUUCAGAAGAGCUUCUAAUGGAAUGGCCUUUACCGUUUAACAAGGAUCUCCUACCUCCAUAUCCUACAGAUGUUCAAAAGACUGUAAUCCCAUACAUCCUGGCAAAAAAGAGUAUCAAUGUUGUUUCUGAGACAGGAAGUGGAAAGACUCUCUCCUAUGUACUUCCAUAUACUCAUAUCCUUGAAAAUGAAGAUAAGAGAUUACUGGUUAUUGUUCCCACAAGAGAGUUGGUUUCGCAGGUAAGUAAAGUGUUCCAGAAGUUUUCGGAGGGUCUUCUUGAAGUUUUAGAGAUAACAGGAGAGGGAAGCAUAGAUUCACAGCGCUUAGAGGCUUCCAAGCCCUUUGAUGUAGUAAUUUCCACACCUGGAAGACUGAAGGAACUUAUGGAACUAAAGAGUAUUGGAAGCUUUGAAUAUGUUGUUGUUGAUGAAGCAGAUAGAUUGAUGCAACACGAUAUUAGAAGGGAUGUAGCAUUUAUAUUGAGAGAAGCGAGGCCUGAGGUUACUAGCUUUUUUUCUGCAACAUCUUUUGAAUGGUAUGGGGGAAUAAAGAUUUCAAUUGGUGGGGUUUCUGUUAGUAGAAAUGUAGAGGAAUUUUUCUUGUAUGCUGAGAACAACGAAAAGCAACAGGUUCUUGGAGAGAUUUUGAAUUCUUGUGAGGAUUGGUUUGGAAGAACCAUGAAUGUCAGAAGGGAUGAAUUAGAGAUCAAGAAGAUCUUUAUAUUUUGUAACACUAUCAAGAUGUGCGAAGACCUUCAUGAGAGAUUCAGGGAGUCCCUGGUGCUUCAUUCAAAAAAGUCCAUGGAUGAAAGGAAAACAGUUAUGAAAGCAUUAGAAGGAGAAAAUGUGGUCUUGAUUUCCACAGAUCUUGGAGGAAGAGGGGUUGACAUAAGGGACGUAGACUUGGUGAUCAACUACGAUCUUCCCAAGACGAUUGAAGCCUAUGUACAUCGAUGCGGUAGGGCUGGAAGGCAAAAGAAAGGAGUUUCUCUGUCUAUGGUGUGCCGGGAAGACAAGGAGAUACUUCCCAAGCUUAGAAGGCUUAUUGAAAGAAAGGGAGGGGUUGUACCAAGAUUUAUGAAUAGAAAAGAAGACAUAAUACUAGACUGA